CAUCCACAAGCGAAUAUAUAAAGACACGAUUCUUCACGAGAUCCCAGUUACAAAACUUUUUUCACCGAUUCAGCAUUGAAUUGUCAGCGUCUUUGACAAACUACAAAUAUUCAUACAAAAUACAACGUAAGGUUGAUUAAAUAUAUCAAUUACAUUAGGAAAGAAAAAUGCAGAUCUUUGUUAAAACUUUGACGGGAAAGACAAUUACUUUAGAGGUUGAGGCUUCUGAUACUAUUGAAAAUGUCAAGGCAAAGAUUCAAGACAAAGAGGGGAUCCCACCAGACCAGCAAAGAUUAAUUUUUGCUGGUAAACAAUUGGAAGAUGGAAGAACAUUAUCAGACUACAACAUUCAAAAGGAGUCCACACUCCAUCUCGUACUCCGUCUCCGAGGAGGAAUGCAAAUAUUUGUGAAAACAUUGACCGGCAAAACUAUCACCUUGGAAGUUGAAGCUUCUGACACCAUCGAGAACGUCAAAGCUAAAAUUCAAGACAAAGAAGGCAUCCCACCAGACCAGCAAAGAUUGAUCUUCGCUGGUAAACAAUUGGAAGAUGGAAGAACUUUAUCAGACUACAACAUUCAAAAGGAGUCCACACUCCAUCUCGUACUCCGUCUCCGAGGAGGAAUGCAAAUAUUUGUGAAAACAUUGACCGGCAAAACUAUCACCUUGGAAGUUGAAGCUUCUGAUACUAUUGAAAAUGUCAAGGCUAAGAUUCAAGACAAAGAGGGGAUCCCACCAGACCAGCAAAGAUUGAUCUUCGCUGGUAAACAAUUGGAAGAUGGAAGAACUUUAUCAGACUACAACAUUCAAAAGGAGUCCACACUCCAUCUCGUACUCCGUCUCCGAGGAGGAAUGCAAAUAUUUGUGAAAACAUUGACCGGCAAAACUAUCACCUUGGAAGUUGAAGCUUCUGAUACUAUUGAAAAUGUCAAGGCUAAGAUUCAAGACAAAGAGGGGAUCCCACCAGACCAGCAAAGAUUGAUCUUCGCUGGUAAACAAUUGGAAGAUGGAAGAACUUUAUCAGACUACAACAUUCAAAAGGAGUCCACACUCCAUCUCGUACUCCGUCUCCGAGGAGGAAUGCAAAUAUUUGUGAAAACAUUGACCGGCAAAACUAUCACCUUGGAAGUUGAAGCUUCUGAUACUAUUGAAAAUGUCAAGGCUAAGAUUCAAGACAAAGAGGGGAUCCCACCAGACCAGCAAAGAUUGAUCUUCGCUGGUAAACAAUUGGAAGAUGGAAGAACUUUAUCAGACUACAACAUUCAAAAGGAGUCCACACUCCAUCUCGUACUCCGUCUCCGAGGAGGAAUGCAAAUAUUUGUUAAAACCUUGACCGGCAAAACUAUCACCUUAGAAGUUGAAGCUUCUGACACCAUCGAGAACGUCAAAGCUAAAAUUCAAGACAAAGAAGGCAUCCCACCAGACCAGCAAAGAUUGAUCUUCGCUGGUAAACAAUUGGAAGAUGGAAGAACUUUAUCAGACUACAACAUUCAAAAGGAGUCCACACUCCAUCUCGUACUUCGUCUCCGUGGAGGAAUGCAAAUAUUUGUGAAAACAUUGACCGGCAAAACUAUCACCUUGGAAGUUGAAGCUUCUGAUACUAUUGAAAAUGUCAAGGCUAAGAUUCAAGACAAAGAGGGGAUCCCACCAGACCAGCAAAGAUUGAUCUUCGCUGGUAAACAAUUGGAAGAUGGAAGAACUUUAUCAGACUACAACAUUCAAAAGGAGUCCACACUCCAUCUCGUACUUCGUCUCCGUGGCGGAAAUUAAAUCAUUUGAAAUUAAUUACGAAAUAUAUGUAUUCCAUUUUUUUUUCUUUUAAAUAAAACAAAAAAAUGAUUAUUAAUGAUAAUAAA